AUGGACGUGGACGUGGACGUGGACAUGGACGUGGACGUGGACGUGGACAUGGACGUGGACGUGGACGUGGACGUGGACGUGGACGUGGACGUGGACAUGGACGUGGACGUGGGUGGACGUGGACGUGGACAUGGACGUGGACGUGGACGUGGACGUGGACGUGGACGUGGACGUGGACAUGGACGUGGACGUGUGGACGUGGACAUGGACGUGGACGUGGACGUGGACGUGGACGUGGACGUGGACGUGGACGUGGACGUGGACGUGGACGUGGACGUGGACGUGGACGUGGACGUGGACGUGGACGUGGACGUGGACGUGGACAUGGACGUGGACAUGGACGUGGACGUGGACGUGGACGUGGACAUGGACGUGGACGUGGACGUGGACGUGGACGUGGACGUGGACGUGGACGUGGACAUGGACGUGGACGUGGACGUGGACGUGGACGUGGACGUGGACGUGGACGUGGACGUGGACGUGGACGGACGUGGACGUGGACGUGGACGUGGACGUGGACGUGGACGUGGACUGGACGUGGACGUGGACAUGGACGUGGACGUGGACAUGGACGUGGACGUGGACGUGGACGUGGACGUGGACAUGGACGUGGACGUGGACGUGGACGUGGACAUGGACGUGGACGUGGACGUGGACGUGGACGUGGACGUGGACGUGGACAUGGACGUGGACGUGGACGUGGACGUGGACGUGGACGUGGACAUGGACGUGGACGUGGACAUGGACGUGGACGUGGACGUGGACGUGGACGUGGACGUGGACGUGGACGUGGAAUGGACGUGGACGUGGGACGUGGACGUGGACGUGGACGUGGACGUGGACGUGGACGUGGACGUGGACGUGGACGUGGACGUGGACAUGGACGUGGACGUGGACGUGGACGUGGACAUGGACGUGGACAUGGACAUGGACGUGGACAUGGACGUGGACGUGGACGUGGACGUGGACGUGGACGUGGACGUGGACGUGGACGUGGACGUGGACGUGGACGUGGACAUGGACGUGGACAUGGACGUGGACGUGGACAUGGACGUGGACGUGGACGUGGACGUGGACGUGGACGUGGACGUGGACGUGGACGUGGACGUGGACGUGGACAUGGACGUGGACGUGGACGUGGACGUGGACAUGGACGUGGACGUGGACGUGGACAUGGACGUGGACGUGGACGUGGACGUGGACGUGGACGUGGACGUGGACGUGGACGUGGACGUGGACGUGGACGUGGACGUGGACGUGGACGUGGACGUGGACGUGGACGUGGACGUGGACGUGGACGUGGACGUGGACGUGGACGUGGACAUGGACGUGGACGUGGACGUGGACGUGGACGUGGACGUGGACGUGGACGUGGACGUGGACAUGGACGUGGACGUGGACGUGGACGUGGACGUGGACGUGGACGUGGACGUGGACGUGGACGUGGACGUGGACGUGGACAUGGACGUGGACGUGGACGUGGACGUGGACGUGGACGUGGACGUGGACAUGGACGUGGACGUGGACGUGGACAUGGACGUGGACGUGGACAUGGACGUGGACGUGGACGUGGACGUGGACGUGGACGUGGACGUGGACGUGGACGUGGACGUGGACGUGGACGUGGACAUGGACGUGGACGUGGACGUGGACGUGGACGUGGACGUGGACGUGGACGUGGACGUGGACGUGGACGUGGACGUGGACAUGGACGUGGACGUGGACGUGGACGUGGACAUGGACGUGGACGUGGACGUGGACAUGGACGUGGACGUGGACGUGGACAUGGACGUGGACGUGGACGUGGACGUGGACGUGGACGUGGACGUGGACGUGGACGUGGACGUGGACGUGGACAUGGACGUGGACGUGGACGUGGACGUGGACUGGGACGUGGACGUGGACGUGGACGUGGACAUGGACGUGGACGUGGACGUGGACGUGGACGUGGACGACGUGGACAUGGACGUGGACGUGGACGUGGACAUGGACGUGGACAUGGACGUGGACGUGGACGUGGACGUGGACGUGGACGUGGACGUGGACGUGGACGUGGACGUGGACGUGGACGUGGACGUGGACGUGGACGUGGACGUGGACGUGGACAUGGACGUGGACGUGGACGUGGACAUGGACGUGGACGUGGACGUGGACGUGGACGUGGACGUGGACGUGGACGUGGACGUGGACGUGGACGUGGACGUGGACGUGGACGUGGACGUGGACGUGGACGUGGACGUGGACGUGGACGUGGACGUGGACGUGGACGUGGACGUGGACGUGGACGUGGACAUGGACGUGGACGUGGACGUGGACGUGGACGUGGACAUGGACGUGGACGUGGACAUGGACGUGGACAUGGACGUGGACGUGGACGUGGACGUGGACGUGGACGUGGACGUGGACGUGGACGUGGACGUGGACAUGGACGUGGACGUGGACGUGGACGUGGACAUGGACGUGGACGUGGACGUGGACAUGGACGUGGACGUGGACGUGGACGUGGACGUGGACGUGGACGUGGACGUGGACGUGGACGUGGACGUGGACGUGGACGUGGACGUGGACGUGGACAUGGACGUGGACGUGGACGUGGACGUGGACAUGGACGUGGACGUGGACGUGGACGUGGACGUGGACAUGGACGUGGACGUGGACGUGGACGUGGAAGUGGGCAGGUAUGUGGACGUGGACGUGGACGUGGACGUGGACUGGACGUGGACGUGGACAUGGACGUGGACGUGGACAUGGACGUGGACGUGGACGUGGACGUGGACGUGGACAUGGACGUGGACGUGGACGUGGACAUGGACAUGGACGUGGACGUGGACGUGGACGUGGACGUGGACGUGGACAUGGACAUGGACGUGGACGUGGACGUGGACGUGGACAUGGACGUGGACGUGGACGUGGACGUGGACGUGGACGUGGACGUGGACGUGGACAUGGACGUGGACGGGACGUGGACGUGGACGUGGACGUGGACAUGGACGUGGACGUGGACGUGGACGUGGACGUGGACGUGGACGUGGACAUGGACGUGGACGUGGACAUGGACGGGACGUGGACGUGGACGUGGACGUGGACGUGGACGUGGACAUGGACGUGGACGUGGACGUGGACAUGGACGUGGACGUGGACGUGGACGUGGACGUGGACGUGGACGUGGACGUGGACGUGGACGUGGACGUGGACAUGGACGUGGACGUGGACGUGGACGUGGACGUGGACGUGGACAUGGACGUGGACGUGGACGUGGACGUGGACGUGGACGUGGACAUGGACGUGGACGUGGACAUGGACGUGGACGUGGACGUGGACGUGGACGUGGACGUGGACGUGGACGUGGACGUGGACGGGACGUGGACGUGGACGUGGACGUGGACGUGGACGUGGACGUGGACGUGGACGUGGACGUGGACGUGGACGUGGACGUGGACGUGGACGUGGACAUGGACGUGGACGUGGACGUGGACGUGGACGUGGACUGGACGUGGACGUGGACAUGGACGUGGACAGGACGUGGACAUGGACGUGGACGUGGACGUGGACGUGGACGUGGACGUGGACGUGGACGUGGACGUGGACAUGGACGUGGACGUGGACGUGGACGUGGACGUGGACGUGGACGUGGACGUGGACGUGGACGUGGACGUGGACGUGGACGUGGACGUGGACGUGGACGUGGACGUGGACGUGGACGUGGACGUGGACGUGGACAUGGACGUGGACGUGGACGUGGACGUGGACGUGGACAUGGACGUGGACAUGGACGUGGACGUGGACGUGGACAUGGACGUGGACGUGGACAUGGACGUGGACGUGGACGUGGACGUGGACGUGGACGUGGACGUGGACGUGGACGUGGACAUGGACGUGGACAUGGACGUGGACAUGGACGUGGACGUGGACGUGGACGUGGACGUGGACAUGGACGUGGACGUGGACGUGGACGUGGACGUGGACGUGGACGUGGACAUGGACGUGGACGUGGACGUGGACAUGGACGUGGACGUGGACGUGGACGUGGACGUGGACGUGGACGUGGACGUGGACGUGGACGUGGACGUGGACGUGGACGUGGACGUGGACGUGGACGUGGACGUGGACGUGGACGUGGACGUGGACGUGGACGUGGACGUGGACGUGGACGUGGACAUGGACGUGGACGUGGACGUGGACAUGGAAGGACGUGGACAUGGACGUGGACAUGGACGUGGACGUGGACGUGGACGUGGACGUGGACAUGGACGUGGACGUGGACGUGGACGUGGACAUGGACGUGGACGUGGAUGGGUGGACGUGGAAAUGGACGUGGAGACGUGA